CAAACGGCCAAACUGCGCCGUGAAUAACCCGAACCGCAAACAGCAGACUGGUGUUUUCGCAGCAUUUACCAGGUGCAUCUUCUAAAUGGCACUCUCAAUAGUAUGGUUGGCACUUGCAUUAUUCAGGAUACUGUGGUGCCUGGCUCCACAAACUGGCUAUAUACAUCCUGAUGAAUUUUUUCAGUCACCUGAGGUCAUGGCAGGUGACAUUUUGAAUUUGAAGAUCUUUCGUUCUUGGGAAUUCAAUACCAGCUAUCCGAGCAGAUCAAUCCUUUUCCCAAUGGCCACAACUGGAUUUUCCUUCAUUGUCCUGAAAACUUUACACAAUUUUGGAUUAUUUGGCAGUAUCCUAAACAGCUACAGUUUGUUGAUUUUUCCCAGAUUAUACCUGACAUGCCUAUCCUUUAUAUUGGAUUACUCUAUAUACCAUUUAGCCUGUCUCUGGGGAGCAGACCCUUGGCAUUCUUUAAUACUGCUGAGUGGGUCACAUGUGAUGUUGGUUUUUUACACAAGACCAUUUUCAAAUGUUAUAGAAGGAGUUCUAUUUGCAUUACUGCUGCUGUUUGUGGCUAUGGACGUACAGCAAACAAGUGUGGCAAUACAUCCUAAGGAGGAGGAAAGAACGAACAAUAAAUAUCUUAUUGGGGUUGUUUUGGUCUCUGGAUUUUUUAAUAGGCCCACAUUCAUUAGUUACGCUUUAAUGCCAAUGCUCUUGUGGCUUUCUCAUGAUCAGAAAGAAAAGUUUCAAUUCAACUUAAGAACAAUACUGAAAACAUCAUUUAGCAUUUUUUCACCUGUAAUUGUAACCAGUUUUGUUUUCAUUAUUAUUGAUACACUAUAUUUUAAUUUAUUGGUUUCUGAAAUUGAUUGGUUUAUGGAAGAUAGAAAUUCUAUACACAAACAUAUCAUUAAUCUAAGUAAACGCCUAGUUUUAACUCCACUUAAUUUCAUUUUGUAUAACUUGGAUCCAGACAAUCUUUCUGUACAUGGGAGGCAUCCCUGGUUUACACAUCUGACUGUUAAUGGUUUUACAAUGUUUGGUGCUCUUCACUUGUCAGCUUUUGUAUCUGUUAUCAGAAUUACAACUCAGAAGUCUGUUGGCAUAGGUAGGCGUCAUGACCCAAAGAAACAGCAGUUUGAAAAGAGAUUACGAAUGCAGUUUCCUGUUCCCCCUCCAAUUACUAAGUAUUUAAUUUUGGUCUAUUUUGUUCCUCUAAUCAUCUUGUCCUUGUUCAGUCAUCAGGAGGCACGGUUUCUUAGUCCACUUAUUAUACCAGUUGUUAUACAUAGUGUUUUAAAUUAUGAGAUAUUGAGGGGGAAAGCUGUAAUUGUUGUGUUUAACAUUUUAUGUUCUGUAUUUUUUGGCUGUCUGCACCAGGGUGGCUUAAUUCCUUGUUUGUCCUAUUUAGAAAAUGUUUUGCAUUCAAAAGAUCCCAUAGCUAACCAGUCUGAGCAUGAUUUGAUAUUUUAUCACACCUACAUGCCUCCUAGAUAUCUCUUGAACAUCAAAUCAGACCAAGAGUAUAUCAGAAUCAUUGACUUGGGAGGGUCUGAUGUGUCUAUACUCAAUAACACAGUGAACGGAUUGCACGACAAUUUCUCAAUGCACUUGACAAAUAUUUACAUUAUUGCACCUGGCACUGUUCAAGAUGAUAUCAAAAGCUGUGGCUUUCAUUGGAAAACUGUUGUAUCAUUCUUCCCUCAUUUAACUAUGGAAGAUCCACCUGAUAUUUCUUCUUUUCUUUAUGAAGAUGGAUUGAACCAGCUGAGUCUUUACAUUUUCAAAGUGCACACAAAAUCAAAGAUUUAG